AUGUUAAUAACAGAUAUUGAAGAUAAAAUUAAUCAGAUAUAUCCUUUGUCGGGGGCUCAAGAAUGGGAUAAUGUAGGCGUGCUUGUAGAUACAGGUUCUUCUUCGAAUAAGGUUCUAUUGACUAUAGAUGUUACAGAGUUGGUCAUUGAUGAAUGUAAUAGAUUAGGAAUAAAGCAUAUUAUUAGUUAUCAUCCAGUGAUAUUUUCUGGCGUCAAAAAGCUUUUGAAAAAUGAUAUAGUAACAAAAUUAAUAAAAUUUGAUAUUAACGUUUUUUGUCCUCAUACUUCUUGGGACGAAGAAAUGAAUAGAUAUCUGUUUUGUCUUCUAGAUAAUCAAAAUGUAGAACAAGUUUUUGAUACAUUAAAGAACAAAAUUGGACUUAAACAUAUCAGAGUUGCCAAUAUGUCCGCAGGUCGUAAAAGUCUUGUAGUCGGGGUCGGUUCUGCUUUUAAAUAUCACGAAUACAAGAAUUCACUUAUUGUUACUGGUGAAAUGUCUCAUCACUGUCUUUUACAUUCUAUUAGACAUAAUAAUACAGUUAUUUUGUUAGAACAUUCAAAUAGUGAACGGGUUGUAUUACCAUAUUUUAAAGACAAACUGGAAAAAAUUUUACCAGAAUGUGAUAUUUUUAUAUCAAAAAAUGACAAAGAUCCUAUUGAUAUUUUAUAA